UCCAACGGCUUCUGACACAAAUUUUUUUAUGUCUUGUUUUCUGUUAUCAAAUUCUCUUUCUUGUGGGAGCUCGUCUGGAUAUAGGAAACCUUGAAAUCUAUUUUGAUAGGCUCAUUCAGGACUGCACGGAAUGUUGGAACCUUCUGAUUGUGUGGAUGUUGUCUUUUUGCGUUUAUUAGGAAACAUUGAGAUAUCAGUGUACUUAUUGUGCAAUAUCGCUAGGUUUUAAACCAAUGUUGUGUUGUUUUUUUCCCCGUUAGUUGUUAGCCUUCGAUACUGUGUAAUGGUGAAUUUGAGAUUUUGCUGUGAUAGACACGAGUUCCUUUUGUUUAGAAUAUGUCAUGUGCUGUUCUAAUUUUAGACUUAUUUUUAGGAAGUAACUAUAGUAACAGUGAUAACUAUUUCACUUUGCUAUCUUCUUAAUAUGACGAUUUGUGCAUUAUUUUUUUUUAUCGCAUUUGAAUUCUGAUUACGAUGUUCUGUGUAAGUCUUGGAUAUAUGUUCAAGGUAUACCAAUGUACUUCAAAUGCUUGUGACAGCGACGCCAACACAAUAAGAAAAGAAGCUUGGUUGAAGGGUGAUAGAUUAGUUAGUAUCUAGGUCGUUGAAGAUCUAAGUGUAUUAUGUUGCUAAGUGACGCCAAACUAUUCUCUAUACGCCAUUUAAGUUGCGUCAUUACUAUCGGUGUAUAAGAUUAGAUAUUACUAUAAAAUACAGUAAUUGAUGAUGUCAUUUCCAGAUUUGUAAAAACAAUCCUUAACUGGCAUGCCAUAUCUAGGCUAAAGUUAAUUACCUUUUUGUUAAGUAUUUUAAGGUAUUCAAAGGUUUUGAAAUAGCUCAUGCCUGAUCACUAAAGAUGUGGGGAUUUUAUGUUGUAAAGCUAUAGAUGUAAGUCUUUUCUGUUGAAUGGCAACUUUCUUGGCAUUUAUGUUUACUGUCAUGUUUUGAUACAAAUCUAAUGAUAGCAGUGGCGGCACUGUGCGGUAGGUAUAGUUUGGUGUAGAGCAGUGAAGGUGUUUGUAAAUUGUAGGACACUUACUUUCCAGGUGACUGUCUUGAAAUGUAGGUUUGGUUUGUGUGUGUGUGGGUGAUCAGUAGCUUGUGUGGAUUACACACUGAACAAAUCUUUUGAAAUAUUUAUAAGUUAUCCCAAGGUGGAAUCAAAGACUUUUUCAAAAUCCGUAUUUUUUCCCCACAGGAUUCCAACCCUAAAAAAAUCGAUUAUACUCUCUCACUUUUCAUGAAACAUUUAAAUCUUAAAGAAAAUCCGACUUAGCGUUUUGGCCGUUCCUGGUCAUAAAGUUAAGUCUUUGAGAGAACUGAAGGCAUUGUGGGAUUCCUUCUUCUAUUUUGAGUGUGCAAAUAUUUUUCAUUCAUUCGUGCACUAAUUUUAUCUCUCUCUCAAGUUUCCUUCCCGUCACUGUCUCUCCAUUCAUCAGCCUAAUCGAAAGCGUGUGUCCACUCUCAGCAUUAUCAUCCUCCCAAACUUAUGCUUUCAUGACACACCCAACCCUUCCCGCUCUUUUCUUGACCCCCCCCCCCGCCCCACUCUUCAGUCCUGUGUCUGUAAUCUUAUCAUUGUCAACUUUAAGACAACCAAAAACUCGUGGAUUGUUUGCUUUUGGCAGACAGCUUCAGCAAUCAUGAUUGUCAAUAAAAUGCUUUCCCUUUCCCCCUUCUCCUUGUCUUUCCCGCCUCUUUUGGGACACUUGUUUUAUCACGUGACCAAAUCAGUAUCAGAGAGUGAGCUCCGCUAAUACACUCAUUCUGUUUUCUUUUCCCCUAUGCUGCUUUGAGCGCCACAUUAAAUGCAUGACUGUAGGUUGCUGGCCUGUUCAAUAAUUGACGUCCAGCUUGCCUCCUCCCCAGCCGCUCAGACCCAUCGAUUUAGAAGCCGACGUGGCACUUGAGUGGUCAGCAAGGACCGGUGCCUAUCGUGUCCAGUUCCCCGGCAGCGCCAGCGUACUCGGAUUUUCAAUAUUGUUUCAAGUGAGAUUUGAUUACACGGAAAAUGAAAUAAAUUAGUCCAGUCGCUUGAGAGUAACGUCCCCUGUUGCUAAGAGAGCAUUGAAAUAUUGUUGCCAUCGUUUCUUCCUUGAGGAAUAUAGGUCACGUUUGUUUAUAAAUAUUGAACUCUUGUUCGGGUAGUCUUAGAUCUGAAUAUAUUAUUUUGUGUUCAUUGUUAACCUUAAUUCUCUCCCCCCCCCUUCUCUUUUUUUAAAAAACAAAUGUGGUCAGUCAAUAUGGUCAUACAUGUAUAGUUGAUGUGACGUUUUCAUAUAUUAUAGAUGGUUAGAUCGUUGAUAGUGGAUGUAUUCUCAUAGAUGCAUCGUUCUUGUGGUCAGUUUUCUUGGUUAGUUAAUAUGGUCAGUUUUCUUGGUUAGUUAAUAUGGUCAGUUUUCUUGGUUAGUUAAUAUGGUCAGUUUUCUUGGUUAGUUAAUGUGGUCAGUUUUCUUGGUUAGUUAAUGUGGUCAGUUUUCUUGGUUAGUUAAUGUGGUCAGUUUUCUUGGUUAGUUAAUGUGGUCAGUUUUCUUGGUUAGUUAAUGUGGUCAGUUUUCUUGGUUAGUUAAUGUGGUCAGUUUUCUUGGUUAGUUAAUGUGGUCAGUUUUCUUGGUUAGUUAAUGUGGUCAGUUUUCUUGGUUAGUUAAUGUGGUCAGUUUUCUUGGUUAGUUAAUGUGGUCAGUUUUCUUGGUUAGUUAAUGUGGUCAGUUUUCUUGGUUAGUUAAUAUGGUCAGUUUUCUUGGUUAGUUAAUGUGGUCAGUUUUCUUGGUUAGUUAAUAUGGUCAGUUUUCUUGGUUAGUUAAUAUGGUCAGUUUUCUUGGAUAGGUGAUGGGGCCAGUUGUCAUAGUUAGUUGAUGUCAGUUUUCAUAGAUGAAUAGUUUGUGUGGUCAGACGGUCAGAUGUUAAAUUAUUUUUAAACGCUUUCAUGUCAAUAAGUAGGCCUACUUUUUUCGAAUACUUGUACACCAAAAAUACACCGGACACCAAGUGUUGAUAAGUUUCGCCUGGUGACAUGACUGAUGCUACCGUAUGAACAAUUGAAUUCAACAAUAUCACGGCUUGCCCACCAAAGCAGCAGCCCAACUGAUUGCUCAUGACACCAUGUACUACUGCGACUAUCUAGAAAUUGCUCUGCCAUUGUGCCUAUGGAGAAAAAUCUGUCGGCACUGCAAGUGUCCACCGGAAGUCCACGAUAUGUCCACCGGCAGCGAAGAGAUUGGGUCUCGAGGAGCCAGUCGAACCACCAGGGAGUUAAAGAGGAAUUCUACGUCUGACGACGACAGCGGGUGUCCGUUGGAGGAGUUUGCUUGGGUGCCUCCAGGUCUUCAGUCUGAGCAGGUUCACCUGUACUUUAGCAGUCUGCCCGAGGAGAGAGUCCCUUACCUGAACAGCGUUGGGGAGAAGAACCGCAUCCGCCAGCUGCUCCAGCAGUUGCCGCCCCACGACAACGAGGUCAGGUACUGCCACGCCUUGUCCGAGGAAGAGCGCCACGAGCUCCGCAUGUUCAGUGCUCAGAGAAAGCGCGAUGCCCUGGGAAGAGGCAGCGUUCGUAUGUUGAGUCAAGACGCCAAGAUGUUCAGUUGCUAUCAGUGCCGUCAAGAUGUCUGUCCAGGAGAAAUGGCGGUUUUUGCCUCCAGAAUGGAAGGCGACGUCUGCUGGCAUCCAUCUUGCUUUGUCUGCUUCACUUGCCGCGAGCUGCUAGUCGAUCUUAUCUACUUCUACCACGAAGGACAACUCUACUGCGGGCGUCACCAUGCAGAGUUACUCAAGCCGAGAUGUGCCGCUUGUGACGAGAUUAUUUUCGCAGACGAGUGUACAGAGGCGGAAGGAAGUAGCUGGCACAUGAAACACUUCUGCUGCUUGGAGUGUGACCGGCAGCUGGGCGGACAGCGCUACAUCAUGCGAGAUGGCCGGCCGUACUGCUGCUCUUGCUUCGAAAACCUCUUCUCUGAGUAUUGUGACACCUGCGGAGAGCACAUAGGUGUUGACCAAGGGAUGAUGACCCAUGACGGCCAGCACUGGCAUGCCUCUGAAAUGUGUUUUCGCUGCCACACUUGCCAGACAAGCCUAUUGGGCCGGCCGUUCCUGCCCAAGCAUGGAGUCAUCUAUUGCUCUGCGGCUUGCAGUCGAGCCGGGUCCAUGACUACCCAGACACCUCGCCGUCCAGAGGAUUAUCUGGUGAGCAUGCAAGAAGCCAGGGUGAGUUCCCCUGUCAGUUACGUUAUCCAGGAAGGUCGCGCAGGCAUACAGGAAGUCCUUAGGCAGCAGUAUACUCUGCCAGAUAGCCUCCCUUCUUCUGACCGUGACCAAGGGUAUGCUACCAGUAGCAACAGUGAGGUGUAUGCUCCAGGAAUGUUUGAAGUGCAUGCUGGACAGCUGGAUGAAGAGGAGGAGGAACCUGUGUACACUCUCAACAUUGAUGGUCUUAUUGAUGCUCUCCCCUUACAGGAAGCUAAAAGAAGGAAUCGUUUGUCUCAGUUCUCGAUGCCAGACCUUAGUCAAGGUCAGGCUGAACCCUUGUCUCAGGACAGCUUGACACCACAGUCCGAGACUAGGAGUGACCUUGUUUCUCCCAGAAGUGAAGAGGCUGACCCUGUCCAGUCAGACUCUGACAAAAACAUCAGUGUCCACUAUGCAUCUGUUAGCGUCCCUCACCAUCAUCCAGCAGAUGAUCCUAACAUCAUGAUGUCUCCAGCAGCUGUGAUGAUGAUGCACCAGAGCAAUGGCCAUCUGCACCAUCAUCACCACCAUCACUACAACCAGAUUUCUGAUGCAACCCACUACAACAGUGUGGCCCCAGGCACUGCUUUGCCUCCACAGCUGUUUCCAGUGUAUCGUCAAGCCACACCAUCUUCUGUCAGGUCAUACCCAGAGCUUCCUAAUGUCCGUGUCCUAGACAAAAGGGAUCCCGGGCCACAGCAGAACGCAAGGCAACCAUCUCAUCCAAGAAAUGCUUCAGGCAUCCCAUUGCCGGACUCCAUGAAAAUGAACCCAAUCUCUCGCCCACCCAGCGGUCAAACCAGAACACCCCCCUGCCGUGAGCCCCGUAGCCCGAGACCUAAUGGCUGCCCUCGUAGCCAAAGUUUUGAGGGCAGGCCAGGCAAUCCUCCAUCACAGCAGCAGAACACUUCCAGCAUGAGCCGCACUACCAGCGCCGUCCACCCAUCCCGCAGUGGUGGUAGUCACCGCAGUCACCCUCGGCCACAGGUUCUGGAUAGCUCAGCUGCUGACCGGUUUAUGUAUGGAAACUUCGACGAUGACCACUGUAGCACAUGCUCCAGCUCCAGCAGCUCGGAUGACUUUGACUACAACUAUCACUUCCCAGCUCGCCACAGUAACAAAAUUUCGUAUGUGGAUGACAUGGGCAUCGGAGGCACAGUGGGUGGUCAGUCUUCGGCCAGAGGGCGUCAUCACAGACAGAAAAAUAAAAAUUGUGUUUUACAGUAAUAAUAAUUUUUUCUGAAACAUCUUGGGGGAAAAAACUUAGCUUUUCCCUUUCUUAUUUUCUGGCCAUGUCUGCUCAAAAGGUGUAACUACUUAUUUCUGGAGACUUCUGCUCAUAAUCCUGUAUAUGUUUUUAUUAUUCUAUGUUCUAUCAUAAUCUUGUUACUAUUCUUGAAUUACUAAAACAAGUAGUAUGUUCUCAAUAAUAAACAAUGGAUAAUUAGUGAUUGGACAUUCAUUUGGAAUUUAAUGCUUCCUCCAUGUCUGAUGGUUUGGAUAUUUCUUUCAAUCAGGCGUUUCGCCAGUGAUAUGGUGUUUCACUGUACAAAGACCCUCUCGCCAAUUUUUUAACAAGUGUCAAACAAGCAGUGAACAGAGCAAUAUAAGCAUAUUCAUUUCCCUUGUGCUCUAUAUGUUAGUGGUAUAUUUAUAUUUUGAUUCCUACACAUUUCUUCUGCCAGGACACACACAAAAAUGUAUUGCCUGAUUGUCAUUUACCAAUGUAAUGUAUUUUUAUUUUAUGACUAGUCUUUAUUGUUUUUGAUACUUAAAAGUUUUUAGUGCAGCAUGGUGACCAUUAGUUAGGCCUCAUUUCAAGUUCUUGUCUCAAAAUAUGCAUUGUCUGAUUAUUCAGAUGAUUCCACUCUGUCAGUUUUCACAGUAAUAAUUCUUUUUUUUUUUUAAAUGGCAUGGAUACACAAUAUAAAUAUAAUAUUAUGCUAUAUACUUAUUUGUUUAGUUGGGAACAUUGACUGGAUAAGAACUGCUUGAACUUUUUUUUCAGUCACUGAAGCAUGAAUGUCUUUUGGGAAAUUUUAAGGAAUCACAUUUUUUGCUAGCAAUGGAUUCUCCAGCUUGUGAAAUGUGGUUUUGUUUGGACCACAAAGAUUUAGUCUAAUGAGCUCUGGAUGUUUUUAACCUAUAAUACACUUCAAGUUCUUCCUUCACCUUAUUACUGCAUAAUGCAUUUUGAGAUAGGAAAAAAAAUGUUUGUUGUAACAAUUAUAAUUGUAUUCUUGAGAGAAUUUAUCAAUGCAAGUAGAUGAUACUUAACUUUUGAUACUCUACAUCAGAGGUUCACAAUCCUAGUCAGCCUGGGGGAGCCAUUGUUUGAACAACUUGCACAGGCUGCAGGGUCUAGUCUAAUGGCAAGGGAGCCAAGGGUUAUAAACUUUGGGCAGACAUUUAGAAUGGCUAAAACAACAUUGCAGGCAGGUCCCUGGCCAUAGUUUGAGCAUCACUGCCCUACAUCAAGAUGCCUUUAGUGCUGAAAAGUCCAUCCAGAUUUAUUAUUUUUUUGUAUCUUCAAAUGCAUUGAAAUGCUAUUAGAGCAACUGCUGAUAACAAUAGUACUUUUAAACAAUUUAAUUUAUAGUUUUUAUGUAGAUAUAAAAUAAAGUUUAUACUGUGCGUCGGAUAGCAUAAACUUUCUCUAGUGUGUAGAAAGUGUGUUAAACUUUCUCUAGUGUGUAGAAAGUGUGUUAAAAAGUUAAAAAUGCUGAUUAACCACUGGUCACUGUAGCUUAUAUAGCCUGGGGAAAAACUCUGUCCUAGCUUCUUAAGACAAUAAGUAGCAGAUUCAAUUAAUAUUUUCAGUGCAAUAUUACAUUAUUUCACAGCGUAAUAAAUGCAGAUGUUGGGUAUUGACUAUUACCUGUUUAUGUAAUUAAUAUUAGUUACAUAUGUAUGAAAUAUGUAAUAAUUGCAUCUAUCUUAAUCAUUGUAUGUAUCUGUACUGUGAGAAGUAAUGUAUAUUAGUACUGUAACACAUUUUGUUUUGUACAACUCUCUUGAUAUUCAUAUAAUUGAAGUGGGUACGACACACUUGUCUCAACUAUUUAUGAAACUUUAAAAUGUGUUUCUAUUUUGUUUGUACUUCAAUGGAAUCGUAAAACAUUUAUUAGGAUUGCUAUCCAGAUGAAGUGUGGCUUACAAAAUGUCCUGAAAUCUUGUCAGUAAGAGUUAAGCCUCUGGAACCAAGUUGACAAAUUUGAAAACUUGAUUUAGCUAUUUUUUUGUAAACCUAUGUAAUAGUAUAUUUUAAAAGUCUAUGGACAGUAUUGUUUAUAAAGCCAGUGCCCUAAUGCAUUUAUUUCUAUUUUGUGAUUGUAUGAGUAGAAUCUGCCUAGUACAUGAACAUCCCGUGUUGUAGGACAUAGGAAUGACUAUAUGUGUAGCAUGCAUUCUGUAAGAAAUCUGGCAAGCAUUUUAUUGAAUCUAGUCCAUUUGCCAUAAUAUUGGUUCUUUUUAUUGCAUUGAUUAGAAAUGGUCAUUGUAGGUCAAAGUAAUUGAUUAUCAUUCUGUCUUAUACAUUACAUUUGCAUCAGUUUAGUCUACUUAUAUUAUUAAGAUUUUUUGUUUCAUUAUGAAAAGGUUAACUUUUUUUUACAAAAUAAAUAUUAUUGAUUUUAAAAAGAAAAUAAAAAAUUAAAACUUUUAGCAUGCAUAAUUUUUUUCUACGUUUUCAACAUUGAUUAUAACCUGUGUCUGGCCCUGAUUGAUCUUCCAAUCAAUUUUCCCAUCAGAUUAUUCUGUACAUUUAAAAUUUAACUGUCUUUAAAUGGCUUCUAAAUCAUCAGCAUUUAACUCCUGUUUUGAUGUAUAUUAUUAAAUGAAAGCUUUAAUGAAACCAAACUCAGCAUUGUUUGUUACAACAUUUCAGUAUUGGUCUGUGUGAUGUUUAUGUGGCAUUCAUUCUUCCUGGGAAUUGGGGAAAUCUGUGAAGUACCCAAUCACAGGUUGUGAUUUCCACCAUAAAUACAUUUUAAACAGAAUUAUUCUAAUUGCUUGCACUAUUUAUUUUCAAUGGAAAUUUUGAUAUCACUAAUACUUGAUUUAUUUUAAUAAAUAUAAUUAUACUAAUAUUUGAAAUGUACAAAAUCUAUGUAAUCACAUUACGAAAACAAAGGUUUGUCUAUAAUAGGAAAUGUAUAUAAAAGUUUUUAACUUUAAAAAAAAAUCCUUCUGUUUGUAUAUAAGUGUGAACUUACUGGUAUUUGACUGUCAUUUCCAACCUAGUGAUUACACAAUGUGUUAUGUUCCUGUGCUAUCUGCAAUGUGAUGUUAGGUUACUUUUUGUUUGAUUAAUAGCUGUUGCUUAGACAGGGGAGAGAUUAUGUUGCAUUAAAUAGUCAUGUUCAUCAUUGUCCAAUAUUAGCUGAUGCAAGGGAAGCAAUCAUGAAUAUUUGCCAGAUUUUCACAAAACUAAUUCUAUUAUUUUCAGAAUGAAAAUGAUUAUUGUCUAAAACUGAAUUACACACACUGAAUUUCAUUGUUUAAAUAUUAAUUGUUUGAUUGAUUAACUAUAAAUAUUAUAUGUGAUUACCAUCCCAUUAGAAUCAAAGAAUCAUUUUCUUUUUUUUCUAAUUCUUCCUUUCAACAAUGAGUGUGCCUUCAAUGUGACUUUACUUCUUGAUUUUUAUUAUAUGUCAUUGUUUCGCUGAAUCAUUUAAUUAUGAUAAUUUAUUUACUGUAUGUUCACCAAAAGUUGUGUCUCUUAUGUUCAAUUUAUUAAGCUGAAAUAAAAGUGAUUUAAUUUAA